AUGAAGAGUGUUGUGAUUUUUCUGACCUUCUUGUGCACCACUGCGCUUGCUGGUACGUGGGCAACUUGGGGUGCAUGGGGAGAUACUUGUGUGAACUGCCCAGGAGCUACGUACCGUGGACGUACUCGUGUCUGCGUGCCAGGAGCAGAUAUGAGUGGCUGCACCGGAGACCGUGUUGAGAAAGAAGUCUGCAACUGUCCACUUGAAGCAGAUUGGAAAGAAUGGGCAGACUGGUCGGUGUGCGACAAGGACUGCGGAUUCUGUGGAACACACACACGUACCAGAGAAUGUGAUCUUCUUGCAGCAUGCCCAGCGGUCACUUGCACAGGAGACGAUACUGAAACCGAGUCAUGCAGUGAUACCGAUAAAGUGUGUAUUGCUCCAAGUGUCUCUUGCUGCGAUGGAUACAAAAAGAAAGUUGAUAUCGUCUCAAAACGCUUCUAUUGUGGUCUUCCAUAG